UACAAGACCGCAAAGCCUCCACGUACAAGCUCGAUCUCUUGUUGCCUACUUUUGAUCUUUCCCGCCACAGAGAAACUACUUCUUCGGUAUAAGCUCAGUACGCAGCAAUGAAGGUCAAGGUGUUGAGCUCCAGGCUCGUCAAGCCUGCCUAUACUGCCGGCGAAGCGCCGGUGCCGGCCACCGAGUACAUUCCACUAUCCAUCUUCGACAAGGUGACGUUCGAGAUGCAGAUGGCCAUCAUCUACGCCUUCGCGCCGCCCGCGCCCACCACGGCCUCCAUCGAGAAGGGCCUUGCCCUGGUCCUCGCCCAGUACCGCGCCUUUGCCGGGCAGCUCGGUGAGUCCCCCGACGGCACGCCGUCCGUCAUCCUCAACGACCGUGGCGCGCGCUUGAUUGAGGCGUCCGUGGACGCGGACCUCGUCGACAUGGCGCCCUCGAAGCCCACGCCUGAGCUGCUCAAGCUGCAUCCUGACCUGGAGGCGGAGCACCAGGAGGUUGUGCUGCUGCAGCUGACACGGUUCCGGUGUGGCUCGCUCGCUGUAGGGUUCACGUCCAACCACGUUGUCGCCGACGGCCACGCCACCAGCAACUUUCUCGUGGCCUGGGGGCGCGCCACUAGAGGGCUCCCCAUGGGCCUGCCUCCCGUACACCACCAGAAGGACCUCUUCAAGCCACGAUCGUCGCCUCGCGUGGAGCACGAGCACCGUAACAGGGAGUACUACCUACCGUCGCCCACCGACGUGGUCGGUCACCACGGCGACGCCGCCGACAACAUCGUCAUCCACAAGGCGCACUUCACCAAGGACUUCAUCGCCGGUCUGCGCGCCAAGGCGUCCGAGGGGCGCGGCCGCCCGUUCAGCCGGUUCGAAACCAUCCUCGCCCACCUGUGGCGCACCAUGACUCGCGCACGCGACCUGAGCCCCGAAGAGACCUCCAAGAUCCGGCUGUCCGUGGACGGGCGGCACCGGCUCGGCCAGCCGGCGGAGUACUUCGGCAACAUGGUGCUCUGGGCGUUCCCGCGCUCCACGGUGGGUGACCUCCUGAACCGGCCGCUGAAGCACGCGGCGCAGGUGAUCCACGACGAGGUGGCGAGGGUGGACGGCGCCUACUUCCAAUCUUUCGUCGACUUCGCCAGCUCCGGCGCCGCCGAGAAGGAGGGCCUGGCGCGGAGCGCCGUCUGCAAGGACGCGCAUUGCCCGGACGUGGAGGUGGACAGCUGGCUGACGUUCCCGUUCUACGAGCUGGACUUCGGCACGGGGAGCCCGAGCUACUUCAUGCCGGCCUACUUCCCCACGGAGGGGAUGCUCUUCCUGGCGCCGUCCAACUUCGGCGACGGCAGCGUCGAUGCCUUCGUACCCUUAUUCCAAGAGAACCUCCAAGCGUUCAAAGAAUGUUGCUACUCCAUGGAAUAGGUGGCCUAACUGAGAAUCGGUAGAUUGAUAACUGAGGAUCAGCAGAGAAAAGAAUGUUGAGUACGUGCAAAGCACAUUUUUCUUUCUUUUUUCAUUUGAGGAUUGUAUAGUGCUACUGUAGUACUGCAUGUACACAAAGGUUCUGAUGUACCUAAUCUUAUUGAUGGUAUGUUAGUACGUUAUAAAUUGAACAAAUGUUCAUUUUGGACACUGAAGUAUUGUCUCCGACUUGAACACUAAACAAUGGAAGUAUGAAACCAUAUGAAUUAAUAACUAGAUUUUUUAUAAUAGUUUAUUCAAAUUGAGCUGAGUUAGCAAAAAAAACGGAAUUGUACGAGUCUUACAACAUACGUAGAUGCGUGUAACGCUAAGAAAUGAGAAGCGACAAAAUAAUCAUCAAGAAUUUUGACUAUUAUGUUAAGGGUGAGAGGUCGCAGCUUUCAAAUAUGGUAACUGGGUAAUGCUAGUUUGUUGGCUAAUCUGGAACGAAAGAAAUGCGAGAGUUUUUGAAAACAAGGCAUCUCUGCCGACCCAUGUGGUUGCGUCGAUCAAGGUUGAGGCGAAGAUUUGGGUCAUUGCUGGGGCUAAAUAUUUGAGAAAUUUAAUUCCGGGAGAGUGAUCCCUUUGUCCACUGAGCUUUGUGGUCAUGAAACUCUAGAGCCUUGUCAUUCUUCUUCUUAAUUAAUGAGAUAAGGCAUAUCUUUUGCCUCCAUUUCAAAAAAAAGAAAAUCUAUGGCGUAGCCUUUUUUUGUUUGGUGAAUACGCUU